AAAAAUGGAAGAUAUUUCAAAAUUAGAGUUAGCUGCUCAUUUAAUCAUGGCUCCACCAAGCCAAGUCAGUUUUCAAGACAGAAAAGAUGCCGAAGCUUUUUUUAUGAGAUUGCGUGAGGGAGCUCUUUCCGUCGAUUCUUGCAGACAAAUUUUAGAAACUACACAAAAUCACUUUUUAAUGUUCGAAUUGGCUCGUUCACUUGUUGCAAGGAUGUUGAAGGAAUGGGCCAAAUUUAAUCAGGAAGACAUACGCAAUAUUGCUUUAUAUCUAUUGAAUUUCCCUGUAGUCCAUCAAGAUCUUCCAAAUUUUGUUUCAACAGAAAUGUUUCAUUCAGCUGCAAUGAUUAUAAAAAGAAAUAGUUUAGUUGCUCAUGAAAAUACUUUUGCCGAUUUACUUUCAAUUCUGGAAACUUUUUUUAAUAAUGAAAAUCAAAAAUUGCAAUCUUUUGGUUUACAAAUAAUUGAAUUAGUCGCUACUGAAUUUUCUACUAUCUGGCGUUCUUCAAAUAUAUCUAUAACUUGGGAUUUUCAUUUAAAUGCGAAGAAACAAUUUGAGGAUGUUUUACUCAAACAACUUAUGCAACUUUCUCUUCGUACACUUUCUAAUCUUUUGUCAACUUCUCCUGAUCUCAAUUCAAUUAUUGAACAACAAAUUUGUGACAAAUUUUUAAGAGUUGCUUCUUUAAUUUUCUGCUGGAAUUUUUCGCCAAAAUAUUUAUAUUUACAUUUUAAAGUAAUUAUAUCAGCCCUUCGGUCUAACACUUUUCGACCACCAGAAUCUUGGCAUGAAUUGUUUAAAGAUACUUCAAUAAUUACUUUCUUUAUGCAGAUGCACUCACGAAUUCGUUUUAAUGAAAGACUUUGUGAAAAUUCAAUGGUUUGUUUAACCCAGCUAGCCUCUCUUAUUGGUGAUGCUCUUGGACCUUCUGGACCAAUUGCUGUUGUCAUGCCUUUAGUUGGCAAUUUGGGUGAACGACGGCUGGCAACUGUUAUGGGUGGUAUAGAUGAACCAGUAUCUAGUAGAAAACCAAUUCUGCAUGAUCUAUAUGUUCAAACGUUUGUUACUCAAAUGAUUGAUUUAUUUUCUGAUAUGGUACUUGAUCACGAAAUGGUUUCACUUAGUCUGGUUAUUUACAAAUUAUUCACUUGCCAUCCAAUUUUGAUUUUUGAACGUUUUCCUGAUGAAUUGUUGCAUCGUUUUGUUGAUUUUGUUGCAAAAAAUAUUUUAAAACUUACUCAACCUACAAUAUUCUUGGCAAUGAAAAACGACCAGACAUAUAGCUCAGCGUUAGGCAAUCUCUUCCAAGUUUGGCGCCCACUUCUCCGUUCAGCUCACAUUUUUAAAGAAAAUAUUUCGGUCCUGAUUGAAUCCCAUAAUGUUGCUAUUAUUGAGACUUUUAUUAAGUCUGUGCUUUCGCCGCCAUUUGGAAAUCGUGAAAAGCCAACAUCCGGUGAAAUUUAUGAUGAAAACGAAGAUGAAGAAGACGACAGAAUUGUGUUUAUGGAUAUACUUUGUGAUAUUGGAUUUUUUUGUUUAUAUUCUAUAGAUUAUUUUGUUGAUUUUGUUACACGUGCAAUUGUUCAACGUCUGAACGAAUUAACCUCAUUAGAUUUACAAACUGUUGAUUCAAAACAAUUGGAAAUCUGGCAAGAAGACUUUCAUUGGAUUUUACUUAUAAUUGGUCAUUUUAUUCGUCAUAACUCAUAUAGUUAUAUUGGAAAUAUUCCUGAAGAAUUGGCUUUGAAAUGUCUGAAAGGAUAUCAAUCUGGCGAAUUUACAAAAUUUGAUGAUUUUUCGCCUCUUUUCCAAAAUUGUAUUGAUAACCCGCCAUUUAAUCCUGCAAAUUAUCCAGGGAGAUUGGAUCCUGUUACCUUGAUUUCAACACAAAUUCUAAGCUGGUUUUCUUUAGAACAUCAAAUGCUUAUUAAAUUGGAUCCAAAUGCUUCUUUGUUAAGUCCAACACUUUGUCAAACUUCUCUUUGGCAAUUUUCACUUUUAAUGAUUGUUCUAACCCCUCCAAGUUCUUCACUUGAGGAAGAUUCUUCUUUCGCAAAAGAAAGUGAAGAAGAUAAUUGGGGAGAAGAUCAAUCAAGAAUAUCUGUUAAAUAUUUACCUUCAAUUCCGCCAAAAAGUGCUCUGUCAGCUCAAAUAAUUCAAAUGUCUUUGGAAAAAAUGUUUACAAUUUUAACUAAAAUGCCUGGCGAAAAGAGGUUAUGUUCGGAUGUUAUAAAAUUACUUAUAAGUCUAGCUGAAUAUCGGCCACUUGAAUUGGCAGAAAAUGAGAAUUUAUAUUCUUUGUUCAGUGGGAUUGAUUUUUCAAAUCUACCUGCUCGACGUCAAUUUGUUAAAGCAAUUGUUUUAAUGGGUGGGAUGCUUGAAUUACCAAUUUUGAGACAACGGAUUCAUGAAACGAUACUUGAACCAUUAAUUCAACGCUUUUUGGCUCUUUGUGAGGCUAGAGACUCUGUUGUUAAUUCUCGUUUAACUGAUCUUUUUGAGUGUUUUACUGGUAUUGCAGAUGCUGGACAAGCAGAUACUGCUCGAACUUUAUUUAAAUUUCUUCAACCAGUUUAUGAACGUUGUAUUCCAUUAAUUAGAAGCUGUUCUCAAUCUCAACCAUUAAUUGUUUCUAUUUUGGCCUUUUUAAAAUCAAAUACCGAUGUCCUUUUCUUUUACGUUGAAUCAAAAGAAGAUAUUCAGUCAUAUCAUAAUUUAUUAAUUGGUGUUAUUAAUGCUUACAAGGAUACUCAACUUCAAAGAUUUGCUUCUUUUGAGAAUGCAACAGAUGAUGAACAACAAACUCAAGAUUUGACAACUUUUAUUGAAAUUUUAUGUUUGGCUAUAACUAAAACCUACCUUCCCUUAGAUUUGUCAGAAGCUUCUGCUAUAGAUUCAGCAAAAGUUUCCCUUCACGGCCUUGAAAUUUUAUUGCCAAUGAUGAGCGAAGAUUUAUUAAAAAUUCCUUUACUUUGUACUUCUUUCUUCCGUUUAUUAAUUUUCAUUUCUGAUAUUGCUCCUGAGGCAAUUGUUCAAGUCUCUGAACAAAUGCUUAAUGGAUUUCUUGGAUGUGUUCAAUCAGCUUUAGACAAUACUUUUGGUAUUGAACGAGUUCGUUCUGCAUUAGAAAUUGUUAACAAUUUUGCUUCUCAUUGCUUAUUACAAAUUCAGAAAGGUCAACAAGUCAGCCCUUUAUUAGCAGAAAAUAUUCUGAAAUUUAUUCCGAAAAUAUUUGAAUUGGCAAUGCAAUUUAGUUGUGAACUUGAAAUUUUUAAUGAAGCAACAAGCACUCUUUUUACUUUAAUUGGACUAAAUCAGGAUUCCUUCAAAGCUUAUUUAAAUCAACUUCUCUCACUUCCCUCAAACGUUGAAAAUAAACCUGCAUUAGAACAGGCAUUUACAAAACUCUUAACAACAUCGUCAGAUGAUGAAGCAACUCCUAGAAAUUUUACAGCUUCAAAGAAACGAAAUUUUCAAAUUAAAUUUGAAAGUUUUUUAAUUGAAGUUAGCGGUGCUCUUUGCUUGACGUAA